AUGUCUCUAACGCCAUGGGUGUUCCGGUGGACGUCGGUGACAGCUGUAUUAGGAACUGCUGCGAUCGGAAUUCAACUAAGUCUUUUACCAUUAUUUUUCGCAGAACUGAAAGAUCUUCGAUCAACAUUUGACAAUGAGAUGAGAGAAUCAUUAGUGAGUUCAUCUAAUUUCGGAAAAAAAAUAAUUUUUCUGUAGAGCUUAUUGGAAAGUUCCUACGCACUAUUGAGCCCGAAUCGACUAAAGAGACGAACAUUUCGUGUUGAGAAAAGGUAAACCUCAAUUUUUGAACGAAAUUCAAUUUUUCGUUUAGAGCUACAAAUGCAAAAAGUAACUUUGAUGAGUACGAAGAUAUAAGUAUUGACGAACCAACGUCUUCUGAACCUUUACUGCUACCAGGUAAAUCAAAAAACAUUUCAAAAUUAGACUCGCUUUCCAGCUUGUCCGAUAGAGCAAAACAAAUGUCCAGCUGGUCCUCCAGGACCUCGCGGAACCCGAGGACUGCCAGGCAAGGCUGGAUUAGACGGAUAUAAUGGCCUAGAGGGUAAGAUUUGGUUCUGAAAAAACUAAUGAAUAUCACUCAGGUCACCGUGCCUCUGAUAUACCGGUUAACGAGCAACAAAUAUUCUGCACCGUUUGUCCGAUGGGACGUGAGGGAAGAACAGGGCCGAUUGGGAAGAGAGGUGGCUUCUUUCAUUCAAAUCUUUCGUAAUAGAUAACUACUCAGGAAGUGCUGGCCUUCCCGGAGCUGACGGGGUGACGGGAAUGAGUGGCAGGAACGGACAGCCUGGAUCGCCUGGAGAACAAGGAGUUCCUGGAGUGCCGGUGAACUCAGAAAACCAUCCGAAAAUAAAUACGUUUACAGGGUAUCAAUGGAAAGCGUGGUGAGAGAGGACAGAUCGGCAUGAAUGUAAAAAUAAUGCCAAAGAGGGGAAGAAAAGGUCCUCCUGGUAUCGCAGGCCCUCCUGGUCCAGCAGGACAGACAGGAAAUCAUAACCUUAUCGUUUGUGUUUAUUAAAACAACUAAAAUGUUUGCAAUCAUUCAGAGAGGGAAGGCAGGAGUGCAAGGAAGAAAUGGAAGGAGAGGAAAUUCAGGAAAACCAGGAAUACUCGGGGAGGCAGGCGAAAUCGGAACGAGAGGAGCUGAUGGAACGAGAGUAUGUUUCUUUUUUUGAUAAAAAUGUUCAAAAACUGAAACAUACGAAACGAUUUCAGUAUUGUAACUGUAAUGAGCUGAUGGGGAUGUCGAUAAAAGCUGCCCAGAACUUCGCGUACGAACAGAUAUCAAAAAGCAUCGUCAACGACUACGAGAACACGUAA